AUGUCUAACGAAACCAAAGAUCUCUACAACUACCAAUACCCUUCAUCUUUCUCUUUGUACGAAAUGAUGAAUCUCCCUUCUUCAGCUCAAUCUUCUUAUGGCAACAACGGUUUCGAUCAUGGCCUCCACAGUUCUCCGGGUGCGCACGACUCUCUACUUCAGAAAACUUUUGGCCUUUCUCCCCCUUCCUCGGAGGUUUUCAACUCUUCUAUCGAUCAAGAAUCAAAUCGCUGUGCAACUAAUGACGUUACCGGUGAGACUCCCACUAGGGUUUCAGCAUCUUCUUCCUCUAGCGAGGCUGAUCAUCCCGGCGAAGACUGCGGUAAGAGCCAGAGGAAACGAGAGUUGGCUGAAGAUGGACGUGAAGAAAAUCGAAGUUCUAAAACAGUAAACAAAACGAAAAAAAAGGAGGAGGAGAAAGAAAGAGAGCCACGAGUCUCGUUUAUGACUAAAAGUGAAGUUGAUCAUCUCGAAGAUGGUUAUAGAUGGAGAAAAUACGGCCAAAAGGCCGUCAAAAAUAGCCCUUACCCAAGGAGUUACUAUAGAUGCACAACGCAAAAAUGCAACGUGAAGAAACGAGUAGAGAGAUCAUUGCAAGAUCCAACAGUUGUGAUUACAACUUACGAGGGUCAACACAACCACCCGAUACCGACUAAUCUCCGGGGAAGUUCCGCCGCGGCUGCUAUGUACUCCGCUAACUUCAUGAAUCCGAGAAGUCUUACACAUGAUAUGUUUCGGACGGCGGCUUUGGAUUAUGGAUACGGACAGAGUGGUUAUGGUAAUGUGAAUGCUAACCCUAGUUCUCAUCAAGAGUAUCGCCAAGGAAGUGAAUAUGAGCUCUUGAAGGACAUAUUUCCUUCCAAUUUUUUCAAGCAAGAGCCUUGA